AUGGCUUACAACCGUCCCUACGACGAGGAUGCCCUCCCUAGAUUCGCUGAGCCUGAGCAGAAGCCAGGACAGUCCAGGACUCCUGCCCCGCAGCCACACCACCCUCCUCCUCAGCAGCAGCAGUAUCAGCAUCAUCCCCCUCCUCAGCAGUAUCACCAGCAACAACCCCGAUACGACAAGCCUCUACCAACCCAAAGAGAUGCGCGAUCUCAUUCACUAGGCCAGGGUCCAGCUUCUCACGGUUAUAUGUCCCCACCUCCAAACACUGGCGGCGCGAGACCCCAGGCUCAUAACCGUCCUGCUCCCAACUCACGACCUCCUCCUUCGCCUGCUCUCGAUGGCAAUGGCUCCGAUCCCACGCUCCUACCUCUAUUUCGGGCUGUAGACAAAGAUGGGACUGGUCAUCUUUCUGAGAGAGAACUAUCCGCCGCGCUGGUCAACGGUGACUGGACCGCCUUUGAUCCCCAUACUGUUCGCAUGAUGAUCCGAAUGUUUGAUUCUGAUCGGAGUGGCACUAUCGGUUUCGAGGAAUUUUGCGGUCUAUGGUCAUUUUUGGCUUCGUGGAGAACUCUCUUCGACCGAUUCGACGCCGACCGUAGCGGAAACAUCUCACUUUCCGAAUUCAACAACGCCCUCGUCGCUUUCCGAUAUCGACUAAGCCCCCAGUUUGUCGAGUUGAUCUUCAACACAUACGACAAGCGAAAUGAAGGAGUUAUGAGUUUCGACCUCUUUGUUCAGAGCUGUAUUUCUCUCAAGCGUAUGACCGACGUCUUCAAGAAGUACGACGACGACCGCGACGGCUAUAUCACAUUGAGCUUUGAGGAUUUCUUGACAGAGAUUCUUAAGCAGCUCAAGUAA